CCAUACAGUCCAUACAGUCCAUACAGUCCAUACAGUCCAUACAGUCCAUACAGUCCAUACAGUCCAUACAGUCCAUACAGUCCAUACAGUCCAUACAGUCCAUACAGUCCAUACAGUCCAUACAGUCCAUACAGUCCAUAAAGUCCAUAAAGUCCAUACAAGUUCAUACAGCUACUGCUGCAGUUACUGCUGCAGUAGUACGUGCAGAACACCGAUUCUUUUCGACCAUCUUGCCAUCUAGAUAUCUUGCCAUCUAGCCGGUCACAUCACCGCCGACCAACCUCAUAUCAAGGAAUCCCCAAACGCUGAAGACGAGCUCUAGUGGCGCUGCCGCUUCCUCUCCAAGCCGUUUCUGCCUCCAGCAUGUCAAUCAACUGGGUCAUGGUCUCGCCGGAGUCGACCGAACCCUUCGUCAAGCUCCCCAACGAACGAAUCCUCUACCGCUCCCCGAUUCGCACCUCCCUCACCCUCUCCUCCCCAUCAAAUACACACUCCUCAACACAACCCUGGUCCGUCUCUAGCGACGGCGGCGUCGCCUACAUCACCAACCAACGAAUAGUCUACAUCCCCACCACCUCCUCCCCCAGCCUCACCUCCUUCUCCUGCCCCAUCCUCAACCUCCACGACACCUACGUGCGCGCCCCCUUCUUCGGCGCAAACUACUGGACCGCCUCCGUCCGCCCCGUCGCUGGCGGCGGCACCCCCCCCUCCCUCGCCCUCAUCGACCUGCGCAUGACCUUCCGCGAGGGCGGCGCCUUCGACUACCAUAACGUCUUUGAGCUCAUCAAGGAGCGCCUCUACGAGGCUGUGCAGGCUGCGCGGGAUGCGGGACGGAAUGUUGGAGGGGCGGGGGGGAUGGAUCCAGAGGUGCUGCAGGGGCUGCAUCUCGAGCAGCUGCCGGCUUAUGAGCCCGCUGCGGUAGCCCCGGGGUCGGGGGCGGCAGCUGAAGCGAGGAGGGCGUCAGUGGUAGAUGGACAGCCGAGGACGGAACCGGAGAGCGCGGCGGCACAACCGGAUGAGCCGCCGCCGGGGUAUGAGGAGGCGCAGGCGCAGGCGGUGGGGAUUGAUCUGGAUCAGCGGCUGCGGCGGCGCGCGGAGUUCGACCGGGAUAGCGGGGAUGAGUAGGGGUUGUUGGUGUGUCGUGUGUGUCGUGUCAUGUCCGCGAGAAUGCACAGAUGGAAUAUGAGCGAGCCCGCUACUUCACCCACUUUCACGUCGGAAAAGUCGGAAAAGACGCGGGCUUUACGGAGUAGAUAGAUCGGAGUAUUAGCUGGCAUAGCGUAGCAUAGGAAGGUACCCGUCAUUAAUAAACAUGCGAUCUACUUUCCCA